UUUCAAUUGAGAUUAAGAAUAACAACAUGCUAUCCAAUCGGUUGAUAUUAUUUUAUUUAAUUGGAAUUUCAUUUCUAACUUACUUGGAAUGCCAAACAACUUGUAAAGAACUGAAUGAAAUUGGCCUAAGUUUAUAUAACGCUAGUGUUUAUGCGAACGAAAGGCAUAUACAACUCGACCGUUACUACUAUACCCAAAUAGUACGUUUCAAUCAGAAUCUUCCAAAUGUUAGUACAAACUUUCAAGAAAGGAAGGAAAAAUCUGUGAUUUUCAACUUACCAUUCACUUUUGAGUUCUAUGGGGAAUACUACAAUUCGAUCAGUAUGGAAGAUUCGGGUAAUUUAUUUUUAAUAAGCAAUCCAAAUGAGGGAAUGCAAGGCAUUGUUACCUAUAGAGACGAACUACGCAGAUAUAAUAUACAUAUUGCAAGUGACGAUAAAUUAUUGGCUAUCAAAUGGAUAUCUAAGGAUAAUGCAGAUACCUAAUGACGUUGUUCCCAAUAAAAUUACUUCGGAGAUUUUGAAGAUUUUGCACUGUGAAGAAAGUGAAGCGAACGUUUGUUCCAAACAACAAUCACCUGAAAGUUGCUUUGAAGCAACCACACCUAAAUUUAAAUGUUAUUGGUGUCCAGCUAUCAGCGAAUGUAGCAAUGGUCAAGAUAUUCACGCCGUGAAGUGGUUACAAAACGACUGUUAUAAAACGAGUAUUUAUCAACCUCAACGUUCAACGAAUACAACUAUCGUUAUCGUGGCAAUCACUGUUACUUUGCUCAUUAUAUUUGUAAUUGCCGUGUCUGUGUAUUUGCUUAUUCGGAAUCGCCGAUUGUUUGCGAAUUUUUCUAACAAUAGUUCUUUUACCG